CGGGCCCUUUCAUUGUGACUGCCUUCGGUGAAACACUGGGCUUGGACGCAGAGGUGCAGUUUCAGCUGGCCAGAGUGGAGCGGCAGGGGUGCAGCUCCGUUGGGUUACAGUAGUGGGCGGCGAGAUCGGGCGGGUGAGGAAAUCUCGGUCCCCGGCAGCCGCUGCCCCUUUGAUGUUUUGGUACGACGUGCGCAUGCGCUCCACAUUAGAAUUACUGCACUGUGCAGACUAAGUUGGAUCUCCUCUCUUCAGUGAAUCCCUCAAUCCCAUCAAAAACUAAAGGGAUGUGGAGAGUCCGGAAAAGGGGCUACUUUGGGAUUUGGUCGUUCCCCUUAAUAAUCGCCGCUGUCUGUGCUCAGAGUGUCAAUGACCCUAGCAAUAUGUCGCUGGUUAAAGAGACGGUGGACAGACUGUUGAAAGGCUAUGACAUUCGUCUGAGACCCGAUUUUGGAGGUCCCCCUGUGGCUGUAGGAAUGAAUAUUGAUAUUGCCAGCAUUGAUAUGGUCUCUGAAGUCAAUAUGGACUAUACCUUGACCAUGUAUUUUCAGCAAGCCUGGAGAGACAAGAGGCUGUCCUACAAUGUAAUACCUUUGAACUUGACUUUGGACAAUCGAGUGGCAGACCAGCUCUGGGUGCCGGACACCUACUUCCUGAAUGAUAAGAAGUCCUUUGUCCAUGGAGUGACAGUCAAAAAUCGUAUGAUACGCUUGCAUCCUGACGGCACGGUCCUGUAUGGCCUCAGAAUCACAACUACGGCAGCCUGCAUGAUGGACCUAAGACGGUAUCCAUUGGAUGAACAAAACUGCACAUUGGAGAUUGAAAGCUAUGGAUACACAACUGAUGACAUCGAGUUUUACUGGCGCGGCGAUGAUAACGCAGUCACCGGGGUGACGAAGAUCGAGCUCCCUCAGUUCUCCAUUGUAGAUUAUAAACUCAUCACCAAGAAGGUGGUCUUCUCUACAGGUUCUUACCCCAGAUUGUCCCUUAGCUUUAAGCUGAAGAGAAACAUAGGCUACUUCAUCCUGCAGACAUACAUGCCGUCCAUUCUGAUUACCAUCCUCUCGUGGGUCUCCUUCUGGAUUAACUAUGAUGCUUCCGCUGCACGAGUUGCAUUAGGAAUUACAACUGUCCUAACAAUGACCACAAUUAACACCCACCUCAGGGAGACUCUCCCCAAAAUCCCCUAUGUAAAAGCCAUUGACAUGUACCUAAUGGGGUGCUUUGUCUUCGUCUUCAUGGCCCUUCUGGAAUAUGCUUUGGUCAACUACAUCUUCUUCGGGAGAGGGCCCCAGCGUCAAAAGAAAGCAGCUGAGAAAGCUGCUAAUGCCAACAAUGAGAAGAUGCGCCUGGAUGUCAACAAGAUGGACCCACAUGAGAACAUCUUACUUAGCACUCUCGAGAUAAAAAACGAGAUGGCCACAUCAGAAGCAGUAAUGGGACUUGGAGACCCCAGGAGCACGAUGCUUGCCUAUGAUGCCUCCAGCAUCCAGUAUCGGAAAGCCGGGUUGCCUAGGCAUAGUUUUGGGCGCAAUGCUUUGGAGCGACACGUGGCACAAAAGAAGAGUCGCCUGAGGAGACGUGCCUCUCAACUGAAAAUCACCAUCCCUGACUUGACUGAUGUAAAUGCCAUAGAUCGGUGGUCCCGCAUUUUCUUCCCAGUGGUGUUUUCCUUCUUCAACAUUGUCUAUUGGCUUUAUUACGUGAACUAAACUCCAAGCUCCGUGGGAAGCAAGGACUAGAUUACUCCUCAAACAGUUGUACAGCCUGAUGUAGGACUUGGAAAACACAUCAAUCCAGGACAAAAGUGAUCUUAAAAUACCUUAGUUGCUGGCCUAUCCCGUGGUCCAUUUCAUACCAUUUGGGUUGCUUCUACUAAGUAAUGAAUACACUAAGGUCCUUGUGGUUUUCCAGUUUCAAUGCAAGUGAUUUUUAUACAUGCUGCAGAGAUCGAGCGUGAAGUAGUCCACUUUAUCAGUUUAGUACACAGCCUAUUUACAGGGUUAUUAUGUAGAUUCUAGAAGAUGUUAGGAAGCUCAAUAGCAUUGGAGUCAGUCCUCUGAGACAUGGUCAUUUCAUUCUCCAUCUUUGUUCCUAAGAUCAGCACGCUGUUGGGAUGGCACUGUGCUUAUGAAAUAUUAUCCCGCAAUUAUGGAAGCAUAUUAGUUACUUCAAUAUGGUCAGUGAGGUCUGUGCUAGAUGAUAAUGGUGUCAUGGAGAGGCGAUUGUCAAGGGUCUAAUGGAGAAACAUAUAUUUUGAGCAUAUUCAAAGUAGGGAGGUGUGGCAAAGCGUUAAAGAAGAGACUUAGAAAGUUGAUUUGUCUGCUGUGUUUGAUGGCCUAGAAAGAACCAUCUGAGAUGUCUUUCAAUUUGGCAUUGAGACAGAAGAAGACUUCUGAGCAGCCUGUGCACAGCAGCCAAAAUGUACAUUUUGCCAACAAGCUAUUUCCUAACUGGUUAAAAGAUGAGGUAACAGCACAAAGCAGGGUUAAAAAUCCAGAAAUGACUGUAGUCAAGAGAAAGCAAAAACAAGUACGUGCAACCCUUGUCAGGGCCACAUGGCAUCUGGUCUGAGCAAAGCGCUGAGCAGCAGAGAGUAGCCUGAGAAGAAUUGCUUUGCCGAUCUCAUGAGCAUACGCUUAGCAUACAUAAGGAAGUCAUUCUAAAUCAUUUAUCUCACCAAGCGGUAGCUAUCAAAUAGAAAGGUGAAGAGAAUAAAAGUCAAACAGAAAAGUGAAGGGAAUUAAAAAUAUCUUGAUGAGCUGAACUGAGAAUUCUUUUAAGAAUCAAACACAGAGCAGAGACAACCAGGUCAUUUUUCUCAGGGUCGACUGCCCCUACAUCAUCUCCCUAUCAGUUUAUUUCUGAAUCAAAGACAGUAGUUUAAAAAGAGAAUUUGUUAUUUACUCUAAAUGAUUGAUCAGCAUUGUUAGCUUUUCUUGCUUUUCAAAUUCUCUUUUUACACUUAGGAGACAGAGAGUACAGGCAUUGUAGAGACUGCACGGUUGGGUUUUCUCAUGGGCCAUGAAGUCCAUCUUUAUAUUUUCCAAGGCGUGUGUAUGCACAGAUGAAAUCUGUGUGUCAUCUGGGUUUGGUAAUUUAAAGGGUGCUUACAUUGCCUAUAUUACAAUCUACUUAAGCAAGCCAGAACUAGGAGACAACGGGAUUAGAACAAAGCCAUGGUGAGUGUUGAGCUCUCAGUUGUUGCUGCAGAAGUGUAGAUAACUGACAACCAUGAUGGGUAGGAUGGUGUCGUUCUAUCUUUCCAACUAUGCCAUUUUGCAUCUUUCAAUAUUGGGUACACCCAUUCAUAUAUCGGACAGAAAAGAGAAUAGGCUAAUAUAUUUAUAUUUUGUCAAUGAAGAAGUCUCAUAUUUGACUUUCACGUACAGAAAAUACUGAAAACUUAGAAUAUUAAGGUUUUUGUUUUAUAAAUUUGACUCUGAUUGACCUUUUCCUCAGAGGAUGACUGCUGCUUCUAUUUUUAAAACAAUCAAAAAAAUCUGUCUGCGGAGUAAGGUCCCCAGUAAGUCCAUAGGAGUUAAGCCUAGUAUCACUCUGCAGGUAAAGGAUCCACUUCCUCCCCUUGUGACUCAGAAACUUGGAAUAUUAAACAUUAUUAUGCAAUUUCAUUCCAACAAUUAGAAAAAUAAAAAGGAAAAAAAUAGGUUUUCAUUCAUUUUCUAAAGUUUCACAAAAUUGGCAUGUUAGAGUAUUUGUUUUGUUUUGGUUUGGGAUAGUUUGGUUUCUACCAAUGUUGGGAAGUCUGCCGCCUGUGGUUUGAUUAAGCACUUGAACACUUUAGAGUUAUGGGAUCACAGAUCUGAUGAAGGAUCUCUGCACGUUCUCAGAGUGACGAUUCUUCUUCAAGCUUCUACAUACUUUCUCCUACGCAAUCAUUUCUGGGGAUCACAGUGAUAAAAGUGCCUAUCCCUUGUCACCAAGGGGUGAUGCUCGAAUACAAAAUAACAUGAAAGAAGCGUAACAAUCAACUCAGGGGCACACCUAUUACACGCCAUUCUGAGGAGAUUUUUCUAGAGACAAUUCAGAGCCUAAGUCUAGGCUCCCAUUUGCGAUUUCCAUAAAAGCCAUAAAAUCCUUGAUAUUGUCAUUUGUGGUUAUAACAAAAUCUUAGAUGUCCAGGGAAGUUGAGCAAUCUAUUUAGAUCAAAAUGGGGGGAAGCAGUCUCACAGCAGGGGCCUCACAUGCAUACGACCGGGAAACACAUUUCUGCACUAAUGCAGAAAGAAGGUAAGACCUUGGAACCAAUGUCCUAGAGUGAAACCAUAUGUUGGCAUUCAAUAAACCGUGGAGGAAGAAAACACUGACUCAUCCUGUCCAGGAAUAGCGGUCCAUGUAGAAUUUGUUUUUAUGUUUUUAGUUGAAUUAGAAUGCAGGAAAGGGUGCUAGGUCUGAUGAAUCUGGGAAAACCAAUUAGUUUGUUACCCAGUGAUUAAACUAAAGGACCACCAAGGUGUGUUUUGGCAAUCUUAACAUGGUAUUGCAAUCAGUUUAUACAUAUGUAUAGCUUUUUUCUUCUGACUAUUCAGUAACCAGAUAGCCAGCAAUUAAGGUGUUUUUUCAUCUCUGAGAAAUUAAUAGGCAAAUUCCAACUCUCAACUGCACAGUCCAAACAAAAUCUCUGAUCUCAAUCUGUAUAUAUAUAUAUAUAUUUAUUGUACAUGACUGCUUGUAGGUAUGAAAUGCACUUCUGAACUGAAAUCUCAUGCGACAUACCCAUGUGUUUGCAUAGGAAUGUUACAAUUCUUUCUACUGCAGUUUAACAACAGGGGAUAGGACUCAAGCAGAGUCAUCGAGUCCUUCAGUCUCUUCAUUUCCACAAGAGCAGUGCUAAGUAAAAAAUAAUAACAACAACAAUAAUAAUAAUGAUUUUUUUUUAAAACCAAAAGACUCUACAUUCUAGCAUUAAGACCACAUACAGAUAUGAUCUGUAAGCAUACAAAAGCACAACACUUCACAGCAAUGCAGUGGGAUAUCCAAUGAAGAAAUUAAUCACAGUGGUUUUGAAGCAAGACCUGCUUAAAAUUGACAACUAUGACCACUUUCAUUUUCUGUAGGUCGCUGUGUUUCAGUCUUCUGGCUAAUUUCAUGUUUAAAAACACAAACUGAAAGCAUUGACAUAGGCGGGUCUUAAAGCAUAUUUACAUGUGUAUAUGUGUAUAUAGAGAUUCGUGUAAACACACAUGCAUAUGUAUGCGUUCAUAUGUCAGAAACAAAAGGAAUAAGCUAAUGAGUUGUUCCCUCCAUUGAGCCUGUAUAUGAGUCUUUUUUUUUUUUUUUUUUUUUAAUUUGGCAACCAACAGUCACCAUCCUGAAAUAAGUAAUACAGGGUACUGAAUAACUCUCUCAGCAGAGCAAUGCCUACAGUUCCUAAGAACAUUGCACAGUUUGACACUACAAUACUACUGUACCUCAGAAUAGCAGAUGUUAAAUAGUUUCUGCAUUGCUUGUCAAAUGUCCAUUUGCUCUCUUUCUAAGGACAUAGAUAGCAUUGUCCAUUGGUGAUUUAAAAUAAAAAAAUAAUAAUAAAAUGGAAAAAUAAAUCCUCUUGGGAGGAGAAAAAAGAAAAAAAAAGAAAAACUGAAACUAACCCUCACCAUGUUGGUUAGGGAAAAUUACCAUUGAAGCAUUCAUGCCAUUUUGCUAAGUGUACAGAGUCUGUUAUGUAAGCAACCAUAACUUUCACUGAGCGUGUGUAAAUAUUUAAACAGAUUUCUUAAAUAUUUUUAACUUCUAAUUUGUAUUUUAUGGUAAGGCAAUGUACUAAUUCUGUUUAUGGCUUACACUGAUGUGUUACAAUAUGUACAUAAUUAAAGAUGCUGUAAAUUAAUAGUCAAUAGAUAAAAAGAAUUGUUUAGCGUUGUUGUCUUAAUUUUAUCUAUUUAUUUUUUACUAAGUAUGUUUACUGGAGUGCCCCAGCAGAGUAAUUUAAACACCCUUUUGCAUAAAUAAUUUGGGAAUCCCAGACAGAAGGAUUUCCAUUGCUGUCUCUCACAUACAGGUAGGAGUAUGCACAGACACAUACAUCCACACACAUGCACACACACACACACACACCACUGUCUUCCACUUUCUUCUUUUCACUCCUAUUUUCUCACUCUCAGUGGGAAAUGUAGCAUUGUCUUGGUGUCAUAUUAACAACAAAGAGAUGCUUUGGAAAUGGCAACUUGAAAAAAAGGAAAAAUGGUUAGGGUUAACUUAAUAGUUUUUCUAAGCUAGAGUAGAAGAAGCCAAAGAUUGCAGACUAUGGCUUUUCCCCAAAACUAGAGGUUUGUAGCAGUACUACAGAUAACAAAAAUGUUUAUUCAUGCCCGCUCCAGACAUCUUUUUACGUACAAUGCAUGCUAGAAGAGAUUUUGUUUUGUUUGGUUUCUUAGAUAGUAGCAUUCUGUCUUUAGAUAGUAUUAUUCCUUUCAACCAAAGACUCCAGAAUUAUUUUUCAAAAGGAAAGGAAAAAAUAAAAAAUGGGGGGAAAAGGACACUGCUUUACACCAAAGUUUAAAUAAUUUUUUCAAACGCAGCAGGAAGAUGGUUUUUAAAAAAAUAGUAAGGAGUCGAUAGAGGGUAAAAUCAGAUGCUGCCCUGAGCAAAUUGUUGUUUGUUUGUGUGUUUGUCAUUUUUAAGUUGGGAAACAUCUGUACCCUUGAAUAGCUUUAGCUUUUGGGAAUUCAAUGAGAACAUUUCCCUAGAUAUGUGCAGGAUUUUGACAUCAAUUUUUAAUUUGAUUUAAGACAUCCUUUUUGUGAUAAACAUCCAAAAUGAUGAAAAACAAAACUUUGCUUUGAGUUCUAAAGCAAAGUGCCAUUCCCUGUCACUCCACCUUACAUCUGAUGCCACACCUCUUCAUUGCACCAUUUGAAUCAGGUCAACAUUUCCGUCAACUUGUAUUCUUUCUUCCUUUGUAUUUUGGUUCAGUGAUUAAGAGUCCAGCCACAUUUAUUUUAGACACAGUUCACUCAAACAAAGUUGCCUAUAAUUUAAACUGUGUGCCACUUGCCCAUUUUUCUCUGCAUGGGUGUUUAAAUAGUUCUGUUACAGAAUUGUUCCUGCAUAGUUCUGGACUGUCCUUUUCUAAGGCGUGAUGUUCUAGUUUCUUCACAAUGUAGUGAUUAUCAGCCUUACAAUGACCUUGUAGCCUUUCUGAACACACACACACACCAUGCUCUCUCCCCAACAGCUAGAAGAGGCAAAGCACUAGCAGGAUACAUUGCAUCCGUUUUCAUGUCUUUCUCAAAACAGGACUUCUAAAAAUCUCUGGGAUACAUGCAGUAGUAAAAAUCAAAAGAAGAUUAUCAAUGAAUAGCACAUAAGAAUUAUUUUCAUGAAUUUCAACUUAUCGCAGCCAGUUUCAGCAUGUAAAUAUAUAAUAAUGUUGGCUAGUGUGUAAUUCUUGACCUAAGAAAUAGAAAUAAAAAUUAAAAGUU